GGUUAAAAUAGGCACAUUUUUAUUCUCGUUGAAUUUUUUGGUCCAGGAUUGGGUAAAGUUUAUUAUUAAUUGUGAUUAUUAUUAUGGCAACAUUUAAAAAAACUGAAAAUCAGCUCAGACAAAAAUUUCCCGAAGAUGAGAGAACUGAUAAGAAUGAAAAAAGAAAAAGGGCAGUAGAAAGUGAUGAUGACGAAGACAACGAUGAAGAUGAUGAUGAUGACGAUGAAGAAAAACCAAUCAAUAAAUUCGCUAAUGAUGGAAGCUUUUUGGAAAUGUUUAAAAAGAUGCAACAACAAAAAGAGCAAAGCUUGCCGAUUAUCUCUUCUGCUUCAACAUCAUCAACGGAUGUCAAUUCUAAUGAGGAUGAUAACAUUAAAUCGGGGACAAUCGAGAAAACAAAACGAAAACCAAAAAUAUUGAAAGUGGGAAUCAUUGAGAAGACAAAAAAAUCGACAACAAAGACUGGUCGUCGACACGAUGAUGAUUCGGGCGAGCAUGAAGAUUCUGCAUGGAGCCGUUAUAUGAAUGAAGUUCGAGCUUAUAAAGAAAAAUAUGGUGAUGAUGAAGAUAAGAAUCGACCAUUGGUAAAAUGAUUUGAAAAAUGUGAAUAAAUUUUUGUGUUGAAGCCCAUUCGAUUGUUUGCCAUAGAAAUUCAUCUAUCUGGUCAUUAUCAUUCCAUUGUUUUUUGUUUGUCUAUUCAUAUUCGUGUAUAAGAUUCAGAUAGUUUCAUGUUAUUUUUACCCAAUUUUUGACCCACUAUCAUUAUCAUUAUCAUUUAUAA